AUGACCUCCGAAACACUUCCUAAGGGACGUUCUUCACGAAGAGGACAUAAGAGCCAGGCAUCUAAACCAUCAUUUUUCCGGUCCCGUUCUGCUACGAUAUUGACGCUACCGAAGGUUGCGGCCUCCUGGUCAGCAGAUGCUCCCGACGCUGUAAACUGUGACACCCUGCGCUAUGUCGGACCGAAAGUAUACAUGGCCAAGGCCAAUGGUGACGCGAGCUCGAGGACCGCGAUAAAGCGUGGCAGUUUAGGGACGCCAAAACCGACUUGGAAAGUGCGUUCAUCGUAUCAGAUAUCGCGUAUGAAACUCGUCCACGGCCGGACAUUGUAUUUGCCCAUGCUGACUGGUAGCGGGAGAUUUCGGUCAGGAGACGUAACCUUCAAUGUCCCUUCUGCUCUUCCAUACUCAUCCGUAAUUUCUUCAGGGUGGAUAUUCGCACUAGUCAUCGGUGCCGAACUCUUUACGCCGUUUGCUGGGAGCAGAAAACGUCACGCGUAA